ACCCACUCUCUUUCUCUCUCCCACCUCAUAUACUUCUUUUUUUGUCCCACAUUCUCUCUCUCUCUCUUCCCUGCGACUGUCAAAACGACGGGUGAAUGCAGCACAGUAAAGCAGGAGAAGUAGAUCAUUUUUAAAAGAUCGAAUUAUUUGAAUUUCCCGAAACGAAGAAAUCUUUAAUGUUACUUAUGGACGUGGAAUUUGAUGAUUUACAGGGUUCGUCCCCUUCUCAGUCUUUGAUCGCGAAAAAGUUCAAACCAGAAAAGGAUGCCUUGACAAGUGAUCUAGCAGACUCAACUGCUGUGCUUGUUUCUAUGGAUAGUGCCAAUGAUGUGAAGACCUCCACAUCAGGAUCCAACUAUUCAGUUGAUCAUAAUGGUUCCGCUUCUGACUUAUCAUUUCAGGAUGAUGCGAUUGACGAUGUGGAUGAUUAUGUUGAUGAUGACGACGUUUCUGACUAUGAUAAUAAUGAUGAAUUUUUUUGUGAUGACGAUGAUGAUGAUGAUGACUACUUGAAGUUGCAAGCUCAAUUUGACAAUGUAGACUUGCCUCCUGGUGUGGAGGCAUCAGUUCCCUGGUUGCAGGAACCUAUUCCAAGUGAGAAGCCUCCAGCUGUUGGAACUUCAACUUCCUCAGGCACGGAAGCUUCUAGUAGUUCAAAAGCAGUGUCAAGUUCGACAGACAAAAAGGAGGAAGAGAUGGAUGAUGUAUUGAGAAAAUUAAUGUAUUUCAAACAAUUUGAUACUGUUCCUGAUUGUUCUGAUCAUCACUACCUGGACCUGAAAGCUUCAGGCCGACAGCCUUCAAAAUCUUGGGUAAAGAAAAUCCAGGAUGAGUGGAAAAUUCUAGAGCAGAACUUACCAGAAACUAUAUUUGUUAGAGCUUAUGAAUCGCGGAUGGAUCUUUUGAGGGCUGUCAUUAUAGGACCAUCAGGUACUCCAUAUCAUGAUGGCCUUUUUGUCUUCGAUGUUGUAUUCCCGGCUUCAUAUCCAAGUGAACCACCGAUGGUCCAUUAUCAUUCGAGUGGCUUUCGACUAAAUCCCAACCUGUAUGAAUGUGGAAAAGUCUGCUUGAGCCUGCUGAACACUUGGACUGGUGGACGAGAUGAGAUGUGGCUUCCAAACAAGUCAACAAUGCUUCAAGUUUUGGUCUCUAUUCAGGCUUUGAUUCUGAAUGCGGAGCCGUUCUUUAAUGAACCUGGGUAUGAAAAGACGUACAAGGGGCAAGAGGGGAGGAAAAGAUCCAAGGAGUAUAGUGAAGAUAUUUUUAUUAAAUCCUUGAAAAAGAUGAUGUACACAAUUCGGAAUCCACCACAGCAUUUUGAGGAUCUAGUUUCUGGGCACUUCCGUGUUCGUGCUUAUGACAUCAUAAGGGCAUGCAAGGCAUAUGUUGAUGGCGCUGAGGUUGCUUGUUGUGUUAAGAAAUGGCUGGAGGAGGGUGACAACGCUCCAAAGCCCGGCUCUCCAAACUUUAAAGCUGAGGUUGCUAAGAUGAUGAAACCUCUCAUCAAAUAUUUUAUCAAUAAUGGGUCCAAGGACUGUGAGAAGUUUUUGAACUGAUCAUUCAGGAACUUCUGUUUGCACAACAAAUACUGACAUAACUGUGGAGGAGCUAAUAAGUAGGGCUUUAAGCAUUACUAAAAUACAGAUUACUCGUGCAGAUUUUUAAUGGGAUUGUAGACAACUACUACUGUGUAGUGCUAGCGUUAUCUUUCUAUUAUUAACGUGUAGAUAUGAUGUUGACUAGGCCAAUGGGUUAUUAUCGGAAUCAACUUCAUGCUUCAUUUCCUCAAUGAAGUGAACAUGGUUAACCGUUUUUAUGUGCUCUAAGAAAGUUUUUCAAUGGCUACGACAAAAUUGUAGCUAUUGUAGUUUGUAAUUGUAGUAAAUCUAAGCACAUCAUUUUAAAGAGACAA